UGAGCACAGAACGAUGGUGUCGACUCCGGGGCAACCUUCUCUUCUAUUUCAAGUCAAGGGAUCACUGGUCAGAACCCGCAGGGGUCAUUGUCCUCGAGAACUGCCAGGUCACACUCGACCAGCCUCAGGACAACCUCUUCGCUUUUAAUUUAGUGUUCGAGGGGGGAACCCAGCACUGUGCAGCGUUGUGUGAGAGCGAACGGGAUGCAUGGAUCACAGCCAUCCACCAGGCUUCCUUCGCGUACAUGAGGCUGCAGGUCGAGGCUCUCCAGCAACAGGUGUCAUCGAAGCAGUCCUCCUUACCCACAGACAUCCAUCGGCACCGCCUCAGCACAGGAGUUACUCUAGGUGUGCACAGUACGCAGUCUUCUCCUGUAGACGUGAAUGAGCCGCCCUUUUUGGAGAUCUCAGUCUCGUGUGACAACUUGCGGUGCGACGGUGAUGGACAGCCCCCGUCUCCAAGGGUCACAGUGCAGGUCCUUAAUGCCCCACAGAAGAGCUGGCUACAGUAUGCGCAGACAGAGGUUAUUGAGAGAACGAGUAAUCCAAAUUUCCUGUCGACUGUGAGCUUCCGCAAAACAGAUGGCCUGGACACCACCACACAAGUGAGACUGGCUGUCUACGAUGUCAGGGAAAGAGUCACCAACACAAGCACGCAGCUUGGACAAGCCACUGUGAGUCUCGGAGAACUCCGUGAGACAGGCCGAUCUCGCCUGAGCCUCCAGUCACCUCUUGGGCGGAAUGUGGGUUUCAUCACCAUCACUGCCUGGACCCUCGAGGCGGAAUCUGUUGAUCCUAACUCCCACACGCCCAGCAAUGCCACACCACAUCACCAGCCUGCUCCCUUACCUGUGGUGGCUUGCCACCGGCGAACCCAGUCACUUCCGCCACGCCUGAGCUCCAAGACGCGGCACCCGACACAAGGCCACCUCAGCCUGCUCUAUGACAACCCCUCCAUGGCCACCUUCCGUUUCCACUCGGGCCUCGGGGGGGACAUCGCUGUGCUGGAAGUCAUGGCUGAGAGCAGAUACUGCUUCACAUUCCCACAGCAGUUGCUGCGGCUAUGGAUCUCAGAAGAGCGUCGGUGGCAGGAGGAGCUGUCAUCGUUGGGUGACCUUUCAGACCAGUGGCACACUAGACAGAUGGCACUCCUCAACCAACAUGUCACACUCAUCAAUAUCUAUAAUAUGGCCCUAGACACUCUUGAUGUUGCAGCACAUUCUGGUUCAAGCUUUAAGAAGAGUAGCAGCAAAUACGAGUCAUCCAUCGAAAUGGCACCUGUGAACCUCCACCUCCAGAGGCUUUGGGCGCAGAAUGAGUCACUACGCCGCUCAGGAUUCUAUGAUGUCAUUACUUGUGGGGUCUUCAGUGCCCACUCUCACGGAUAUAAGAAUGGAGGCUUAGUCAAUAUGCUCCAGAAAGCCAAGAGCUCCCGCAGGACCCCAGGUGGUGGAGACAAGGCGUGGGCGAGUGAGGCGGCAGUAGAAGGCGUGAAGAAGCUGCGGCAGGAUGUGACGACACUCCUGCGCUCCAUGCUUGUAUGUCUGCGGCAGGAGGACACCAUCACCCUCACCAAGGUCUUGCCUUUGCUGCAAGAGAAGACACGGUCUCUGCUGAACGUGAUUGAGCCAUCGCUGGUGGAGGAGGCAUUUGAAUUCCUGGACCAGAUCCGAGUCCCUCAAAACCCCUCACGCAUCUUGACCCUGGCCACACGCUGCUAUUCCUCACAGAACAUUGCAGGCUACCUCAGCCCAGAGACAGCUCUGGACAUAGAGCUGAUGACCCCAGAUGUCCCCACAGUGCCCUCGGGGAACCGGAAAGAUUGUUUGAUUAGCGAGGCAGCCAAGGGUCAGGGGCUAGUCAUCACAACCAAAGAGGUGGACAUCAUGGACAGCCACGAGAAUAGUGUGUACAGGCCCACUGAUGAGCCAGAGCCAUGGGACCUGAUCCAGCUGAAUGUACAAGCAAGUGUGAUGUGUCUCACCAGUAAGAUCAAGAGUUUCUGUGGAAAGAAGGCAAAUGUCAGUGGUCAGAAGGACUUGUGUCAGGAUGGGGGUAGCAGAGAGGUGGUGGCUGAUGGACAGCAGGUGGGGCAAGGCAGGGACAGUGAGGCGAGGCAGAAGGACGUGGGAGCAAGUAACACACCCGCUGAGAAAUCCAGUCCGAGCAAGAGCCGACUCAAAGUAAGUGAAUCACAGAACAUCAGCUCAAACCCACAGUCAGCUGCACAGAGCCAGGCUGUCAUUUCGUCGUCAGUUGGAUCUGACUCCAGCCAGGCGUCAGGAAGGUCGUCAAGUGUUGGUGCCUCCAGGACAAAUGAGAGCCAGCGCUCGUCAUGCUCAGCGACACCUGAUGUAUCACCAUGUGAGGAGGACAGUGGCAUUGGGCUAGAGCGUGUGACAAGUGAAGUAGAGAGGACAGACUGCAUCAGUGAAGGUGGUCUUUCAGUGGAUGAAGAAAGGAGGGAGGACCUCCUGCCCCUGGACAAAAUUGAGGUCAGGCGGCCAGAGAGGGAUGAAUCCAGUCAGAAUGCAGAGUCUCGAUACUCUUGUGAUAUCACUAGUGUGAAGUCUGGGAAGUUGGAGUCGAUCAUGGAACAGAGUCUGGAGGACCUUGGUUCUUCUGGAGAAGUGGAAAUCAAAGGGGAGAGCAAAGAGAAGGAGGCCAGUACAAAUGAAGGACAAUCAGGGGACAAGCCACAUGCCGGAAUCUCAGAACGUAUAGAGAACACUGGCACAAAGGAUGCACUUGAUGUAAACAAACAUAAUGUACAUAACACUGGGAGAACGGGGAGCAAGGAGGAGAGCAAACAGACCCCAGCAAUCAUCACCACAAAUGGCAAUCACACCAAAGAGAAUGACACAGACAAUCAAGAGGCGGUUGACUGGGUGGGAGAGGUACGGCCCAGCAUGAAGAAACUGAGGCAGGCAAUGGAUGGCCUAAUGCGCACAGCACGCCUAGUUCACAGUGUGUUCCGUUUGCAGCAGACUCCAGAGGCGGCUCAGCAGGCACACAUGAUCAAGUACAGAAGAGACAUAUGCUUCUCACAAGCGUUGACUUCUUUAGUGACGGGGCUGAUGACGAGGCUGUGGUGCAGAAAGGCUGAUCCACUCUUCAUCACUGUCCUCGCUCACCUUGGGCCGCUUGCAGAGUUUGAGUGCCUCGUGUCUUGCCAUGGAAAUGACUUGGUGAUGCUGAGUGACAUGGUGGUAGCAGUGGAGGAUAUUGGCGCUGUGGAGUUUGUGAUGGUGCCAUCAGGAGGUGCGCAGGGCAGCAAUGGACGCACGCGAAGUGAAGGCGCAGCACCACCCCCAGCCACAUACGAGCUGCCCACGCCUUGCAUCUCAGGGAAUAGGUGUGGGCUCCGAGUUGUGCUCCCUGUCCCCGAGCAUGUGCUGAGCCUCAUGCCGACAACCAACUCCCAGCAACCCAACGACCCCCCAACAUUCUGUGUCACGCCUGUGCUCUUCAACAUUGGUAUUAAUGAAAAGGCCACGUUGGCGGAGAAAUUAGGCACGGAUGGCCCUCAGACAAGGAACAACCAGGACAGCUUUGAAAGACUGUCGCAGUACUAUCACCGCUUCAAGAAGCUUCCACUACCACAGGAGAACAGUAGAAGAGUUCCCUCGAUGGGCAGCGAUGUGCCCCUUGUGGACCUCAUUGACAAGCUGGGCUUGGAAGUGCAGUCACAGCAUAGCAAAAAUCCUAAUGUACUAGUCUUAGCGGCACAGUGCUGUAGAGCCAUGGCAGGGCUUCGUUUUACCUCAUGCAAGAGUGGAAAAGACCGCACGGGAAUGAGUGUGACUCUCGAGCAAGCAAACAUUUUGGCAGCAGAGUACGAUUUAUCGGAGACAGAGUUCCAGAGAGCGCUUAAUUGUAUGAGAAGUGAAGGGACACGGCUGGAGAACUGCCAAAAGAGCAUUGGGGCACGCAAGUAUGCCUUUUCGACAGUGCAGCUCAAGAUGUUCCCCCGCCAGUACCAGCCUCCUCCUGGGACGUAUGGAUCGGCACAGACAUAGAGAAAGAGAGGCAGAUGGUUGAAAUUCGAUAAAGAAUGAGAAUGGUUUGACUCGACAAGAAAUAGGAAGAUAGGGGUAAAAGAAAUUUAAGAUGCUAUGUGAUUUCAUGAGAAAGACAUAGAUGGCAAGUACAUUGAUUUAGAUGUGGUGAAUAUAAGAAAAAAAUAGAUCAGUAAAGACAUGAGGCCGGCUUGUUUUGGUGAAUAUAUAGACAUACAGACAGAGAAACAGGGAGAGACUGAAUAAGAGUAUGGUGAGGAAAGUAUAUUGAGAAAAAUAUAUAAUGCUUGAUUUUUUUACGUGGACUUGUUGCGUCGGGAAUUUUCUGGUGUUGAUGAAAUAUCACAAUCUUGUGGAUUAAAUUAUUAGACUUUAUUUUUCUCUUGGGGGAGCUGGUCUUAGACGAAACAAUUGUUGUGGGAUAUAAGCUCAAUAGUCUAGUAUAUAGAUAUAAAUGACUUGUAAUUCAUUUUGGAAAUUAUAUUACUAUUAUUAUUAUUUUCAUCAUUAUUUUAAUAUUAUUGAUAUCAAUACUGUUGUUAUUGUCAUUAUUGUUGUUGUUUUUAUUAUUAUUAACACAAAUGUUUUUCAUAUUUUUUUCUUUUUCUUCUCUCUUGAAUUGUACAGAACAAAGCAAUUCAGGAGUUUUAUUUGUCUUCGGAUUUGCUCAUGAAUGCCAUUAUUCACAUGAUGUUUGUCUGUAAAUGAGUAGGUGAGUGAGUAGGUGAGUGAGUAGGUGAGUGAGUAGGUGAGUGAGUAGGUGAGUGAGUAGGUGAGUGAGUAGGUGAGUGAGUAGGUGAGUGAGUUGA